AUGUCCAGCCUUUUUGAUGUUUCCGGAUGGAAACUCGGAACCGUUCUUUCUCAAGAAUAUGAAGAAACCAACAAGAAUAAAAAACGCAAAUCCGAUUAUGAAACUCAACAAGAAUCGAUUAAUAAAAAGUCGAAAUUAAAUCACGUACAAAAAGGUAAAAUACAAAAGGGUGAAUCCUCAAAAGUGAAAAGUACAAACAAAAGAAAGUCAAAAAAGAAACCUUUUAUCGAAGAUCAGACAUCAACAACCGGCACAUAUCCUUCUCUUGCCACACGAUCUGAAAAAAAACUCUAUAAAAUACACGAGAAAAAUCAAUCUAUAGAUGGCAAAGAUAAUAAAUUCGAAGUUAAUAUAAUUCCAAAGCAAAAACCAAGCGAAAAAAAAUUAACCCACCGCCAAAAGUUAAAAAAAAAUAUUUCAGAAGGAAGGUUUCGUUGGAUCAAUGAACAACUUUAUACUUCCACUAGUUCUUCGGCUUUCAAAUUAUUCCAUGAAAAUUCACAAAUGUUUGAAGAGUAUCACAAGGGAUUUCGUUCAGCCGUUGAAUCAUGGCCCACCAAUCCAGUCGAUAUAUUUAUAGAUUACCUGAAAAAAAAACGAAAAGAUAGUAUUGUGGCUGAUUUGGGUUGUGGUGAAGGCAAGAUUGCAAAGGAAGCCCCAAAUUAUGUACUUUCUUUUGAUUUAGUAGCUAAAAAUGAAAUGAUCAUUUCAUGUGAUAUAGCAAAGCUACCAAUACCUAGUUCUUUUUUUGAUAUAGCUAUAUUUUGUUUGUCUCUGAUGGGUACCAACUAUCUCGAAUUUUUAAAAGAGGCGUAUCGUGUCCUAAAACCACAGGGGGAGUUGAAAAUAGCAGAAGUGGCUAGUAGAUUCUCUAAUGUCGAUGUUUUUAUCGAAGUGCUUGCCGAGAUUGGAUUUAACUUCGUGAAAAAGGAUGAUACAAAUAAAAUGUUUAUUAUGCUUGAUUUCAUAAAGGUUCAACCUCAAAAGCAGAAAAAAUCUCGGUUGAUUAAUGUUUCCGACUUGUUAAGACCUUGCACCUAUAAGAAACGCUAA